AUGAAUAACAAGCUGAAAACUGCAUGGAUAGAGGAUGAUAAGUCCAGGAAGGCCUGCUAUAGAAAGAGGAAGAUAUGCUUGCUGAAGAAAUUAAAUGAGCUUACCAUUUUAUGUGACGUGUCUGCCUUUCUCAUCAUCUAUGGCCCCGAAAAGGACGAGCUGGUCGUGUGGCCUUCCCGCCCGGUGGUGCAAGAACUGCUUGAAAAGUUCUUGAGGCUACCACUAGCAGACCAAUGCAGAAAGAUGCUGGAUCAAAAGGCUUACCUCAAGGAGAGGGCAGCCAAAAUAGAGGAGCAAAUAAGAAAGGCUAAGAAAAAGAACCAUGAGAUGAAGAUGAAAGACAUCUUGCACAAAAUUCAAGAAGGUAAGCCACUGAGUGAAUUUGAAACUAGCGACCUAGUUGAUUUCAUUUUGUUUUUGGAGGAGAAGAUGUUAGAGAUCCAGGAACGGGUUGAGCUUUUGGAGCAGCAUGUUCCACAAGGUGCUGGUGAAAAAGAGAAGGGGAAGGAGAUUGAGAACAAUGCUGUUAAUAUCCCUCGAAAUGAGAAUAUUACUGGAGGCAUCUGCAGCAGCAAUAAUAUGGGAGAAAAUGAAAAGAGUGGCUUUAGACUGAUGGGUGUUGAUAUUAAAGUGGGGCAUCUCAAUGUGUUGGAGAAGAAGAAUGUUGAUCUGACCGACAAGCUUUCGGCCGAGCAGACCCGUCAUGAAAUGAGGAUGUCUAAAAUGAAGGAGAGCAUGUCCAUGUUGAAAAGUUCCCUCGCUAAAAAAGAAAAUGAGCUCAACUCUUCUGCUAAUGCCAUGCAUGGUCGCAAUGAGGCUUGCUUCCGUCUAGAACGCAAGAAUGUCGACAUAACCCAGAGUUACAACAAACUUCUGGUUAAGUUUGACUCAUAUUAUAAAGUUGCUGAACAAUCCAAAUCUGAGUUCAUUAUCAACGUAUACAAGUUAGGCUACUUGGACUGCAAGAGUGGGGUCGCUCUUUGUCAUUCCAUUGAAGAUGAAGAAGUCAAGAUGUUCUGCCUGACAUGCCCUCUACUCAAGGUGAGCAGAUCAAUGUUGUGGACAAAGAGGCAGCCAAAGAGUAGAUGGCUGAUGAGACUGCAGCUGAUGAACUCGUAG